AACAACGGGGACGAAUGGAGUAUAUUUGGUGCGUAAUGCAAUGUUUUGAAUAGGAGCAUCUAGUUAAAAUGGUCUUGCAGAAUAGUGGAAGAUUUAAGGCCGACCGAUCGGAAAAGACCGAUGGAUCUGGUUUCAGUCGAGAAGAUUCCUCUGAAAAGAGAUUAGAGCGUGCAAACCUAAAUGAUGAAAUUGAUAUCAAGUUUGGAUUUGAGAGAUACAAGGACCCAGUGGAAAGGACGGGAUGGCUCAUCAACAUGCACCCAGCUGAUAUUUUGGACGAGAAUAAAAGGCUUAUAAGUGCUGUGGAUUACUAUUUUCUGGAAGAAGAUGGAGGAAGAUUUAAGGCAACCUUCCCUUUUCGUCCCUACUUUUUUGUGGCCACCAAGAAGGAGUACGAGCGAGAAGUGGCAUCGUUUCUCACCAAGAAGUUUUCUGGGAAGAUUGCAUCAGUGGAGUCUGUGUAUAAAGAGGACUUGGAUCUGGCAAACCACCUGGUGGGCCUGAAGAGAACCUACCUCAAGCUGUCCUUUCUGUCGGUAGAGGAUUUAACCAAGGUCAAACGGGAAAUUAAUCCCGCUGUCACCAAGAACAAGGAGCGUGAGAAGUCGAGUGAAGCCUACACAACAAUGUUCUCUAGUUACUUGACCGGUGAAGACAGCAAGACCAAUUCCAAAAAGAUGGUUGACCAGAUGGACAACUUAAUGGACAUCAGAGAAUACGAUGUUCCAUACCAUGUGAGAGUGUCCAUAGAUCUCAAAAUAAAUGUAGGUCACUGGUACUCGGUCCGGGGGCGUGGCUCCUUACCUGUAGAGAUCCUACCUCGGGAAGACCUCGUAGACAGACCGGAUCCGGUUGUAUUGGCGUUUGAUAUCGAGACCACCAAACUCCCACUGAAGUUUCCCGACUCGGCCACGGACCAAAUAAUAAUGAUCUCCUACAUGAUUGACGGCCAGGGGUACCUGAUCACAAACAGAGAAAUAGUUUCUCAGGACGUUGAAGACUUUGAGUAUACACCUCGGCCGGAGUUUGAGGGUCCAUUCAUCAUAUUCAAUGAACCUGAUGAAGUCACGUUAAUACGGCGAUUCUUUGACCAUGUACUGGAUGUACGUCCGCAUAUCUUUGUGACAUACAACGGCGAUAUGUUUGAUUGGCCAUUCGUAGAGGCAAGAGCAGCUCUCCAUGGGUUGGACAUGUCUCGGGAAAUCGGCUAUCAGAAGGAUAUCCAAGGGGAAUACAAGUCUCGUCCGUCUAUACACAUGGACUGUCUGCGUUGGGUCAAACGAGACAGCUACCUGCCUGUGGGAAGCCAGGGUCUAAAAGCAGUCGCCAAGGCUAAACUACGUUACAACCCUGUAGAGAUGGACCCUGAGGACAUGUGUCGUAUGGCCAGUGAAGAACCACAGGUCUUGUCUAAUUACUCUGUAUCCGACGCCGUGGCGACCUACUAUUUGUACAUGAAGUAUGUCCACCCGUUUAUAUUUGCCCUGUGUACCAUCAUCCCCAUGGAACCGGACGAGGUUCUGAGGAAGGGAUCAGGAACUCUAUGUGAGGCCUUACUUAUGGUCCAAGCCUAUCACGCCAAUAUCAUCUUCCCCAAUAAACAAAUGGCUGUGUUCAACAAACUCACUGAAGACGGCCAUGUACUCGACUCUGAGACGUAUGUAGGCGGUCAUGUGGAGGCGCUGGAGUCAGGGGUCUUUAGGGCCGACCUACCCUGCAGGUUCAGAAUGGUGCCGGAGGCAUUUCAAAACUUGAUAGACAAGGUUCACAAGACGAUGAAGCAUGCGAUAGAAGAGGAGGAGAAAAUUCCAAUGGACACCGUGACUAACUUGGACGAGGUCUGCACAGAUAUUAUCGAGCGCUUGGCUAUGUUACGUGAUUGUCCAAACCGCCUCGAGAACCCGAUCAUCUACCAUCUUGAUGUGGCCGCCAUGUACCCCAACAUUAUCCUAACUAACAGACUACAGCCUCCAGCUAUUGUAGAUGAAGCUACAUGUGCUGCUUGCGACUUUAACAAGCCCGGUGCUGUGUGUCAGCGAAAGAUGACGUGGAUGUGGAGAGGGGAAACUAUGCCAGCCUCGCGAAGUGAGUUCCAACGGAUACAACAGCAGCUGGAAAAUGAAAAGUUCCCACCGAGUAUCCCUGGAGGAGACCCUCGCGCAUUUCACCAGCUGAAUCGUGAGGAACAGGCGACAAUAGAGAAAAAACGAUUGGCUGACUAUUGUAAAAAGGCCUAUAAGAAAGUGCACUCUACCAAGAUGGAGGAAAGGACUGCCACAAUUUGUCAGAGAGAAAAUUCUUUCUAUGUCGACACUGUGAGGGAUUUCCGUGACAGACGUUAUGAAUUUAAAGGUCUCGUCAAAGUCUGGAAAAGAAAAUUAGCGGAGGCUGAGGAAUUGAAAGAUGCAGCUGAAAUAAAACGUGCUAAUGGUAUGGUGGUUCUGUACGAUUCACUCCAGCUCGCCCACAAGUGUAUCCUCAACUCGUUCUAUGGCUAUGUAAUGAGGAAAGGGGCCCGUUGGUACAGUAUGGAAAUGGCAGGGGUUGUCUGUUACACUGGUGCCCAUAUCAUCACCAAAGCUAAGGAAAUUGUCGAACAAAUCGGGCGUCCUCUGGAGCUAGACACUGAUGGUAUUUGGUGUGUGUUACCAGCGACUUUCCCUGAAAAUUAUGUCCUAAAGACCACAAACCCCAAGAAGGCAAAGGUCACCAUCUCUUACCCAGGGGCUAUGCUCAAUAUCAUGGUCAAGGAAUUCUUCACCAAUGACCAGUAUCAGGAACUUGUAGACCAUAACAAACUCCAGUACUCCCUUCGGAGUGAGAAUUCUAUCUUCUUUGAGGUAGAUGGUCCAUAUCUGGCUAUGAUUUUACCCGCAUCGAAGGAAGAAGGCAAAAAACUUAAAAAGAGAUAUGCUGUUUUCAACUUUGAUGGUUCUCUUGCUGAGCUGAAGGGUUUUGAGGUGAAGAGGAAUGGCGAAUUAGAACUGAUAAAGAUCUUUCAGUCGUCAGUGUUUGAGGCUUUCUUGAAGGGUGAUACGUUGGAGGAGUGUUACGCCGCGGUUGCCAAGGUCGCAGAUUACUGGUUGGAUGUCCUCUUCAGUAAGGCUGCGAAUAUGCCAGACUCUGAACUUUUUGAGUUAAUCGCUGAGAAAAGAAGAAUGUCGAGAACACUAGAGGAUUAUGGGUCACAGAAGUCGACUUCCAUUAGUACGGCGAGGCGAUUAGCAGAGUUCCUUGGAGAUCAGAUGGUGAAGGAUGCAGGCAUCAGUUGUAAUUAUGUCAUCUCCAAAAAACCUGAUGGUGCACCUGUCACGGAAAGAGCUAUACCCUUGGCAAUUUUCCAAGCCGAGCCUAGUGUCCGAAAACAUUACCUGAGAAAAUGGCUCAAGAGUCCCGGAGCAACUGAUUUUGAAAUUCGAGAGAUCCUCGACUGGGAGUACUAUGUAGAACGCCUUGGUGGGUCAGUAAUGAAAAUCAUCACCAUUCCAGCGGCUCUACAAAUGGUAGCCAAUCCGGUUCCUCGAAUUCGUCAUCCUGAUUGGUUACAUAAGAAGCUACUGGAGCGUAACGAUGUAUUCAAACAGAAAAAGAUCAGCGAGAUAUUUGCUCCCACUCAGCGACAGAAACCACAGCAAUCUUCGGAGGACCUGUUCCCCAACAGUGAUCAGCAGAGAUCGUCUGUAGACAUAGAGGACGUUGGGGGUCGUUCUCAUACCAAAACUGGACUAGGGAUGGCCAUAGCCCAUAAACGAAAACGAACGAGUCUUGACAACUCGGACAACAGUCAGAAUGAGUCUCAGUUACUGGAGAGCUCGCAAACUUGGCGGGAAAUACUGGGACCUGCGCCACCUAUGGGUAAAACAAAGGAAGAGCGUGCAGUUUGGCUGGAGUACCACAAGAAAAAAUGGGAGCUACAGGCCAAAGACCGACAAGAUCGGAAACGACGGAGAGUUGACUUUGGCGAUGCUCCAUCUGGUCGUGCAGUCAGUAGUCGGACUGGUCUUGGAGGAUUUCUCCGCCGGACAGCUCGCAGUAUCAUGGACAUGCCAUGGCAGAUAGUACAGCUUAUGGAGACCAGUUACCCUGGUCAGUUCAAGUUGUGGGCUCUAAUUGGCAGUGACCUUCAUGCCAUGAAGCUAAACGUGCCUCGCAUCUUCUACGUCAAUCAGAAGUCGCCCAAGGAGGGUGAGGGAGCUUUGUGGAAGAAAGUGAUCAAGACAUUGCCGCGAUCCCACCCUGUGUUUAAUCUGUACGAGUACAGUGUACCGGAGGAUGUCUAUCAGGAGCACAUCAACGAGAUCAGUGCGGACCUCUCCUCUCCAGACAUUGAGGGUGUGUAUGAGACACAAGUUCCCUUGGAGUUCCGUGCACUUGUCCGUCUUGGCUGUGUCGCCACUGUCAACAGAGACUUCGCCAAGUAUAUGACUGGCAGAGAGACGGAUACAUUUGACAUGGAAAACCUGGACUUCCGUACAUUGGCACAGUUUACCUACUUGGAGCCUGGUGCUAUCAAACACCUGUAUCUCUACCAUCACAUCUGUGGAACCAAGUCCAUGUUUGGCCUGUUUUUCCCAAUGUCCAAGAAGGCCACAGUCUUUGUAGUGGACACUGUCCGAAGUGAUCAAAUGCCAAAUCUCUCGGCUCUCUUCAAUGGCGAGCGCAAUAGCAAGGUAACUAAGGGUGCAGCCGAGGAAAUGUUGCCGCCCUCCCACCACACGUUUGAUAUUAAGUUGGAGAAGGACGUACGACAGGUCCAUCGAACCAUCCAGAGGAUACUGUCCGCUUACAAGGACGAGAAACGUGGCCCCACCUUUAUAGCUGUACAAUCCCCCCACGAUUUCCAGCACCUUACAUCAAGUAUGCCAGGUCUUCAAGAUUUCCCCCUUGUGCCUAUACACAUCUCCGACAGCGAUACCCUGUAUAAUGUACUGGACUGGCAGAGAGUCGGGAGCCGGCGAAUGUUACAACACUACCUCAACGUUGAUAUCAUUCUCUAUGCGAUGGUUGAACAGUGCCGUUACCUCCACAUCCCUGUGGGAAACAUGCCACGUGACAUCACGCUGUAUGGCUGUGACUUAUUCCUGGCUCGCCACCUCCAUAAACACAACCACAUCCUGUGGUGUUCCGUAACGGAGCGACCAGACCUCGGAGGAAAGGAGGCGGAUGACAGCAGGCUGUGUAUGGAGCUGGAGGAGAACAGCAGUGUGGAGGUCAACCAUCCCGGUACCUACUCCAGUGUGUGUGUGGAGUUAGAUAUCGCCAGUUUGGCCGUCAACACUAUUAUAGAGUCCUCCCAUGUAAAUGACCAAGAGGGAGCCAGUGCUGUGAGUUUUGACACGAUGCCGCAGUCGUCACUAGAGGACAUGGUCCAGGGACAAGGUGCUGCCACCUAUUUAGCGAGCUACGAUGAGACUGCCCUCUGUUCGACAACAUUCCGUAUCCUCAAGAGUAUGGUGCAAGGCUGGGUCAGAGACGUGACGAUGUACGGGAAUGUGUUUGCCGAUAACCAGAUUAUACAUUUCUACAGAUGGCUGCGGUCCACUGGAGCUCAGCUUUACGAUCCAGCCCUGAGACGAACGCUGCAUAAUAUGAUGAAAAAAGUCUUUAUGCAGUUAAUAGCGGAAUUCAAGCGUCUUGGAUCAACGAUAGUCUAUGCAAACUUCAACCGAAUUAUUCUUUGUACGAAGAAGCGUAGACUUGUGGAUGCUUUGUCCUAUGUGGAGUACAUCACCAACAGCAUAAAGUCCCGCGAGUUAUUCCACUUGAUAGAACUCUCCUACGAACAGUGCUGGGAAUACUGCAUCUGGCUGGACCCUGCUAACUAUGGUGGGGUGAAGGGACGACUGCCUUCAGCAGCAAUGACGGACAGUUCCCAACCCAACCCUGACCGAGAGGCGGAGCAAGACAGUGAAGACGAGGAGCCACGACAGGAGGAGGAAGAGCUAAAUAAAUCGGAUGAGGAGGAUGAGCCUGAGAUUGAGAUGAACUGGAAUAUCAUGCAUUUCUUACCGGAGGCUGGAGCAUGUCAGACCAACUUCAAUAUGAUAGUAGCUGGUUAUAUCCUGUCUGUAUACACCAAUGUGAUGGAGGAACACCAACGACUCACUCCAGGGAAUACGCCGGUCAAACGGCGACACAACUCGCAGUCACAGUCUCAACAGAAACCUCUGGAGACGAGCGCCACCCCAGCCACGGUGACGUUUUCUCAAGAACUGAUAGCUGGUGAUCUCGCGCAGCAGAUGUUUGCUAUUACACAGAAGAUACAGAAGAAGCUUGCUGGGAACACCAACAAUGCUGCCAUAGAGUUCCCUCAGAGACCGGGCUCUCACCUGUUACUCAAAAACCCAGCUCUGGAGUUCGUUAAGUCUGUCUGUCAGGUGUUAGCCUUGGACAGCAAUGUCACAUUACAGAUAACAAAACUGAAGCGAGAUCUUCUCAAACUUAUCGGAGUUGGGGAGUUCUCCAGUGAUGCCAAGUUCCUUGACCCCUGUUUGUCUUACGUCCUCCCAGAGGUCAUCUGCAAGUCGUGUAACCAUGUCCGUGACCUUGACCUUUGCAGAGAUCCGUACCUCAAUCAUAAUGACUCCAAUGCGGCGUGGUCGUGUGUACAGUGUAAGACGGCCUAUGACAUGACAGAGAUGGAACAAUGCCUUGUUGACUCAAUAAACCGCAAGUCAAUGGCCUACGUACUACAGGACCUCAAGUGUGUCAAGUGCCAGGGGGUGAAGGAGGGUAAUAUGACGAAGUACUGUAAGUGUGCUGGAGAUUUCACAACCACGGCUGCACUCAAGGACUUUGAGAAAAGACUGCGGACAUUUAGAGGCAUAGCCAGUCAUUACAGUAUGGUGGUGCUGAUGGAGACUGUGGAUUGGAUCAUGAAGAUGAACCCAAGUAUAGUGAGCUGAGGAACAGACAUUCUUGUGCCAAGGAAUAUACACAAAAUAAACUGUGGACCAAAGUACAACAUGGUGAGGAAUGGAGACAACUAAAGAAAUUCUGGUAUCAGAAGAAGCCAUGAACCCAGGUGUAGAGAGAUGUCUCCACUGAAGGCAUGUUGGUUUAAAGGAUUUUACUCCUAAAACAUGGGCCCAGACGUUCUAAUUAGUCAUGAACUCGAUACGAGAAGACAAGUUUGGUGACUUAUUCUGGAGGCCUAUAUUUGGAAAGUUCAUGUCACUUCUAUUUUAUACGGAGGAAAGCUUGUCGAGGAUACAGUGAAAGCAAUUCUGCUCUAGGAUACUGACCUUAAAUAUUGACGAGAGAAUUAAAGAUAAAGUUUAGUAGCCUCAACCAGUUAUUGUGGUCUACGAGGAAGAAAACACUGUUCAAGAAAUAUGAAUUUCAGAGCAAAAGACUGAAUAUAUACGGAGUAUAUAUAAAAUAGGUAUUGUUAUUUAGUUUUUUUAGCCCACCAUUAUCAGAUGGUGGGCUAUUCAAAUCGCCUUGUUUUUUACAAAAAAAAAAAUUUAAAAAAAGAUGAAUUGAUCACCAUCAUCAUUAAUGUACCGAGUUUCAAAGUACAUAAAAUUAUCGGAAGUUAAAAUCUGUUUAAGUCACAAAGAGAAUUGGGCGAAGAGUGAGGUAUAAACUUGGGCUCAUAUUGAAUCAUUCUGAUACUGAAACACAUAAAAUCUGUGCUCAAUCCAACUUUAUUUCAACUUAAAUCAUGCAUUAAAAGAAAGAAAAAUUUAAACAUUGUAAAUAAUAUCGCACUUGAAGUUGAAGUAUUUCCGAAAUUUCUUUUAAUCUGAAAAUUUAUUUAGGAUUUUAGAGGUAACCCAAAACAUUUUCGAGCGAGUGCAAAAUGUGUAUUUUUAAAAUCAUGUCAUGAUUAGGGACCAGUAUUAAUUGAACACACAUUAUGCCCCUGGGCUACACCUGUCUGAGGAUUGGCAAAACUUCCAUCUCAACCAACUGUUGAUAUAGAAAUGUGUGUUAUUAAAACAAAGCAUAAAGGAAAUGUAUAAAAUUCAAAUUGAUAGCUAUAUAUAGCUACAUGUUGGCAGUGAUAAUUUCUGUUUUCCAAUUAAACAGUGGAGUCGGUGAUUAAUCGUUUUACCUCAGAGUAUUGAUUUGAUUUUCUGUGAUCAAUCAUGUUUGGACUGUAACAUGGAAAUUUUCAGGAGUUAUUGAGAUUUACAGUAGACUAGAAAAAUGAUUACAUGUAAAUCAACAACAUUAUCAUUAAAUUUACAUGAAAAUACAUUUCUGUUCAUGAUAAAAAAUUGUAAUUGCUUGAAAUUGUGAUGGAGUAUGCCUUAGAUUUAUAAAAUUAAUAUUAAUGUAAAAGAUUUUCAGUGGUUGUUUUUGUGUAUUAAGAAAUGAUCCAGGAUAAAUGUAUAAUUUUUUUUUUUUUUGAAUCUUUCCAAUCUUUAUGAAAUGUCUGACAGAUGAAAAUGUCUCAAUGAAAAGAGAACUGCCCUGGAUUUUGCAAGGCCAGAAAUUCUUGGAAGACUUUUAUUUGAAUUUUAUUUCAUUUUAUUGUUAAUAUAUUGAAACAAUUUCCUUAAUAAUUUGUAAUGUGAUAUUUAAAAAAAGUGCUCGACUUACAGAAGUUGACUGGAAUGUUUGAGAUGAAUUAUAUGACUAGUUGGGCCACAUUCAUUUGUAAUAUAGUGAGUUUACCAUGGAGGAAAAGCUUCGGAACAAAUAGAAAUAAUUUGUAAGUAUUAGUAUACUGCUGUAUAUUAUGUAUAUAUUCUGUAAUGUACAAAUUCUGUAUUUGAUCUGUGCUCUAUUAUUGAUAGAAUAUAUUUUUUUACUGUGACAUCAUUGUAUUGUUGCCGCAACGUCAUACAAUUGUUUGAAAACUUGUAGCUUGUCUCAGCCCUGGGAUGAGAUAAGAAAAUCUCACAUAGGUAAAAUUGUGGAUAUUUCUGUCCAGGGUGAGAUAAAAUAUUCUCUUACUAAGGACAGGGAUAUCUACAAUUUUACGAGGCAAGAUUUUCUUUCUCACGCUCUCAGACAACUCAAUGACAUCAUGUCGAUCGUGUCAAUAUUUCUGUGUUUUUGUCUUGUUGCCUAAGUUUUUAAUUCAGGACAAGAAUAAAAAUUUAGAAAAAAAAUCGUAAAGGUAUUUGCUAAGAUACUUCAGUACAAAUGAUUUCCCUUUUGAAAAGAUGAUCCCUACCAAUACAGCUAUGUUUCAUAGCUGUUGUUCCUUAAUUGGGAUUCAACAGAGAUAUUUAUUGAUAUUUUGCAUUAAUUAAACAAUGAAAUGGAUAACAAGAUAUCCAAGUGGUUGUAUCCAUGCUUUGUUUGUAAAGAUACAAAUAAAAAACCAAAACAUGAAA